GCGCUCACUGGAAGGAGGAGACACCAAUGAAUGGCGGCUGCUGCGUUUGACUGGCAGCGGGAGGCCCGCCCCCCACGGGUGUUGUGGUUUUCCCCCCUGCCUGGCAGUGCGGAGCUUGUUAAGAGUGCCGGCUGGUAGCGGCUGCUGCUCCGGCAGGGAGGACGGCAAGAACGGGGCUUUCACUGUUGAGGAAUUAUUUUGGUUUUAAAUGAUUUCUGGUUUAAGGUGGAUUCGUACAGUUCUUGCAGAAGAAUAGUUUUUGCUGCCAGAGUUCUCCUUGGGGUGAGGACAGCGCAGAGGAGAGAUAAAGGACUAUAACCAUUUGCCUCAAAGGCUCUGCUGCUGAAAUCUUCAUGGCAGAGCCAGGAGGUGGGGGAGGAUCUGGUGAAAGUGGUGGCAGUGUGCCCUCUCCAGUGGGUUCUGCCCAUGGCCGAGUGGUAAUCAAGGGAAAUGAUGUUGAUGGAGAAAAUGGGGAGAGCAAUGGAAACUGCAGCAAUGACUGUAUCACCAACAGUGGUGUGUCUAAUGGAGACUGUGUCAUUGUGGAAGCCAAAGAAGAGAGUGGGUCUGCUCUGCCUGAGAGCCCUGGAAUAGAUAAAGUCAGCAAGCAAGGCCUCCCUCGCAGGAGCAGUAUUAUCAAGGAUGGUACCAAGCAGAAGAGGGAACGUAAGAAAACUGUAUCAUUCAGCAGCAUGCCAACAGAGAAAAAGAUCAGCAGUGCCAGUGACUGUAUUAAUGCCAUGGUUGAAGGUUCUGAACUGAAGAAAGUUAGGUCCAAUUCCAGAAUUUACCACCGCUACUUCCUUUUGGAUGCAGACAUGCAGUCUUUACGCUGGGAGCCUUCUAAAAAAGACUCUGAAAAGGCAAAAAUUGAUAUAAAAUCAGUCAAGGAAGUAAGAACUGGGAAAAAUACUGAUAUUUUCCGCAGCAAUGGAAUUUAUGACCAGAUAUCAGAAGACUGUGCUUUUUCUAUAAUAUAUGGUGAGAACUAUGAAUCGCUAGAUCUCGUGGCAAACUCCGCUGACGUUGCAAAUGUCUGGGUAACAGGUUUACGCUACUUGAUUUCAUAUGGGAAGCAUACACUGGACAUGAUUGAAAGUUUCCAAGAUAAUAUGCGUAUUUCUUGGCUUUCCCAAAUGUUUAGGGAUCUAGAUGAAGAAAAUGUGAUGCACAUACCUCUCUGUAAAGCUGUGCAGUUUAUAAAAAAUGUAAACCCUGGUCUUAAAAACAGUAAAAUUGAGUUGAAGUUCAAAGAGUUACAGAAGUCCAAGGACAAAGUUAGCACCGAUGUGACAAAAGACGAGUUCAUUGAAGUUUUUCAUGAGCUCUGCACCAGACCAGAAAUAUACUUCUUGUUAGUCCAGUUUUCAAGCAAUAAAGAAUAUUUGGAUACCAAGGACCUUAUGAUGUUCUUGGAAGCUGAACAGGGUAUAGCACAUGUGACAGAGGAGAUUAGCUUGGAUAUUAUCAAGAAAUAUGAGCCGUCUAAAGGUCAAGAGACCGGUUCCCUUUCACUGGAUGGAUUUACAAAUUAUCUUAUGUCACCCGAUUGCAGUAUUUUUGAUCCAGAGCACAAAAAAGUAUGUCAAGACAUGACACAACCUUUGUCCCACUAUUACAUAAAUGCAUCACAUAACACAUACUUAAUUGAAGACCAGUUUAGGGGCCCUUCUGAUAUUACAGGCUAUAUACGUGCACUCAAAAUGGGGUGCAGAAGUGUUGAAUUAGAUGUAUGGGAUGGGCCAGACAAUGAACCUGUGAUCUACACAGGGCACACAAUGACCUCACAGAUAGUCUUCCGUAGCGUGAUUGAAAUAAUAAACAAGUAUGCCUUCUAUGCCUCAGAGUACCCUCUCAUUUUAUGUUUGGAAAACCACUGUUCAGUUAAACAACAAAAAGUCAUGGUUCAGCAUAUGAAAAAAAUUUUAGAAGACAAAUUGUAUACAACAUCUCCCAACUUAGAAGAGUCUUACCUUCCAUCCCCUGAAUCUUUAAAAGGAAAGCUGCUGAUCAAAGGUAAAAAACUAAACUCGGAUUGUUCUGGGAUUGAGGGGGAUGUAACAGACGAGGAUGAGGGCCUAGAGAUGUCACAAAGAGUUGGGAAAGAUGGAGACGAGCAACAAAACACUGCUCCAGUAAAGCGAGUACAGCUUUGCAAGGAGUUUUCAGACAUGGUAAGCAUUUGUAAAUCAGUUCAGUUCACUGAUUUUCAAGUAUCCUUUCAGAACCAGAAAUAUUGGGAAGUGUGCUCCUUUAAUGAAGUGGCUGCUGGGAAAUAUGCCAAUGAAAAUCCUGGAGAUUUUGUUAAUUAUAACAAAAGAUAUCUUUCUAGAAUAUUUCCCAGCCCGAUGAGAAUAGAUUCAAGCAAUAUGAAUCCCCAGGAUUUUUGGAAGUGUGGUUGCCAAAUUGUAGCAAUGAAUUAUCAGACUCCAGGAUUAAUGAUGGAUCUCAACAUUGGCUGGUUCCGGCAAAAUGGGAAUUGUGGAUAUGUUAUGCGACCCUCUAUAAUGCGGGAAGAGGUAUCUUUCUUCAGUGCAAACACAAAAGACUCUGUGCCUGGAGUAUCUCCUCAGCUUCUUCACAUUAAAAUCAUCAGUGGACAACAUUUCCCAAAGCCAAAAGGGUCAGGUGCCAAAGGAGAUGUUGUGGAUCCAUACGUCUAUGUUGAGAUUCACGGUAUCCCCGCAGAUUGCGCAGAGCAGAGAACAAAAACAGUUCAUCAAAAUGGUGACAAUCCAAUUUUUGACGAAAGUUUUGAAUUUCAGAUUAACCUUCCUGAACUAACUAUGGUGCGUUUUGUGGUACUUGAUGAUGACUACAUUGGCGAUGAAUUUAUUGGCCAGUACACUAUUCCAUUUGAGUGUCUACAACCUGGGUAUAGACAUGUUCCCCUGCAAUCUUUAACAGGAGAUAUUUUACCACAUACAUCAUUAUUUGUGCAUGUGGCUAUUACAAACCGCAGGGGUGGAGGAAAGCCACAUAAACGUGGUCUCUCUGUGCGAAAAGCAAAGAAAUCAAGGGACUAUGCAUCCCUAAGAACAUUAUUAAUAAAGUCUGUCGAUGAAGUUUUCAAAAACGCUAUUCAACCUAUACGGGAUGCCACAGACCUAAGGGAAAACAUGCAGAAUACAGUGAUGUCAUUCAAAGAGCUGUGCGGUCUGUCUCCUGUAGCUAAUCUCAGGCAGUGCAUUAUGGCGCUCUCUACCCGCUUGGCUGGGCCUGACAACGCACCGGUGGUGAUAAUGAACCUCAACGAACAGUAUCCAACAAUGGAGCUGCAAGGAACAGUACCAGAGGUCAUGAAGAGGAUUUUAGCAGCAUAUGACUUAAUUAUCCAGAGCAGCAAGAGUCUAAUUGAGAAUGCCGAUGGCAUCUAUGAGAAGAUAGUACAGUGCCAAAAGACUGCCAUGGAAUUCCAUGAGAACCUGAACUCCAUCGGGGCUAAAGAAGGAUUAAAGGAAAGGAAGAUGCUUAAGGCUGUGGAGAGUUUCACAUGGAACAUUACAAUAUUAAAGGGUCAAGCUGAUCUUCUCAAAUACGCUAAAACCGAGGCCUUGGAGAACCUGAAGCAAAUUCAUUAUGCUGCUGUGUCGUGCGGAUUAAACAAGCCAAGUACUGGAAACUCAGAAGCGCCCAAGCCCCGACGCAGUUUGGAGGCCAUCCCAGAAAAGGCAGGAGAUGAAACUGGAGAUUGAUUGUAUCUAAAGCCCAAGGCCGUGUGCUAUUUGUGAUAGAGUUCUUAGCUCUAGGACCAGUGUAGCUGCACAAGAUGUUUGCUUUGCACUUACAGAACCUUUUCUUUAAAGCACAACUGGAGAAGCUGUCACCCGUUUGUUAAUCUGUGAAAGUUCUGGAUGUUUUUACAUGAAGGAAAUGAAUGGGCAGAAUGCAAAAAGGGGAGUUGCUGGCCAAAACCGACCACUGGAGUGUGUGCGGAAAAACACAUUUUAGAGCAGAAUAUAUCGUCGGGCACUUGCUGUUUAGAGACUUAAAGCUGUUGUUUUUUUAAUUAGAUUUUAUUCAGUAUAUUUAAAUAAAACCAAGGAAUUCUCAUAUUUCAGCUAAAUGAAAGUGCGUGAGUAUUGUGAGCUAGUGAGUGAUGAAGCCGCAGAAGGAUGCACAGCACUGAGAAAUGAUGAGCUUGUCAUGGCGAGUACCUUUGUGCUUUCAUUGAGCCAUAAUGUAUAUAAAUGCAAGAGGAUGCAAUAAGACAGCGAGGGUGGAAUUCUGGUGCCAUAUAGGAUAAUCAGUCAAAUGUGAACUCCAGCCGAAAUACAUUAUCCUGCCACUAAAACCUUAGCAAUGUCCAGAGCUAAUGUCAAAGUGACCAAAUUUGAUGAAGAAAAUAUUGUAAAUAUAUUACUCGGUUUUUAUUUUGUGACGUGUCCAUAUGAAAUCAUAUUUUAUUGCUGUGCAGUUAAACAAAUAUUACAAUUCUAAUUUAAUGAAGGGGCAAUAAAAGAAAAAAAAAAAAAAGAAAACAGUGCAAUGUUUGCUGCAAAUUCGACCGUGUCAAUGUCAUUUGAAUCUUGUCAUCUGUUUUUAGUGGGAAAGAUUCUCUUGAAUUGUAUGUAUAAAAUCAGCACAGCAUCCUUUUAUGCCUAUAUUUUUUUUAAAUAAAGUCACAUCCCAUAACACAAUAAA